AUGGCCACCACAAUAGCAAACGGGUCUAAAGCAUCUGCACCAGCAGGAGCCAAAGCAAGUGGUGGAUCACUCGACGUUAAAGCAUCAGGAGCCAAAGGAGACGGUAAAACCGAUGACAGUGCGGCAUUUGCGGCUUCAUGGGAAAAAGCGUGUGCAGCAGGAGGAACGAUUACAGUGCCAAAGGGUGAGUAUUUGGUGAACAGCCUAGAGCUCAAGGGUCCAUGCAAAGGUCCAGUCACUAUGGAUUUGAAUGGCAAUCUAAAGGCUCCGGCUACCGUCACUGUCGCUAAAGAACAUUCUGGAUGGAUUAAUUUCGAUAAUGUCGCUGAUUUCACUUUGAAUGGAAAUGGAGCCAUUUUGGAUGGUCAAGGCUCCAUGGCUUGGAAGGCUAAUGACUGCGCCAAAACUGGGAAAUGCAACAAUCUCCCCAUCAAUAUCCGAUUCACGGGUCUCACAAACUCGAAAAUUAUCGGCAUAACAUCAACAAACAGCAAACUUUUCCACAUGAACGUCCUCAACUGCAAGAACAUAACUCUUCAAGAUAUUGGUAUUGAUGCUCCUCCGGAGAGUCUCAACACCGAUGGUAUCCACAUCGGAAGGUCAAAUGGCGUCAACUUAAUAGGGGCAAAGAUUAAAACCGGAGAUGAUUGCGUUUCCAUCGGAGAUGGUACUGAAAAUCUCGUUGUUGAGAACGUAGAAUGUGGACCAGGUCACGGUAUUUCCAUCGGAAGUCUUGGAAAGUAUCCCAAUGAGCAACCAGUGAAAGGAGUCAUCGUGAGGAAAUGCCUCAUUAAGAACACCGAUAAUGGUGUUCGCAUCAAGACAUGGCCCGGAUCUCCUCCUGGUAUUGCCUCGAACAUUCUUUUUGAGGAUAUCACAAUGGACAAUGUUACCACUCCCGUUCUCAUCGACCAAGAGUAUUGUCCUUAUGGCCACUGCAAAGCUGGGGUCCCAUCGAAAGUGAAGAUUUCGGACGUGACCUUCAAGAACAUUAAGGGCACAUCAGCCAAUAAGAUAGCCGUGAAACUAAUAUGUAGCAAAGGUGUGCCUUGCUCCAAUAUUGCUCUCGCGGACAUCAACUUGGUCAGCAACGGUAAAGAGGGACCAGCGGUCUCGGCAUGUGCUAACAUGAAGCCUGUCCUUAGCGGAAAGAUGGUACCAGCGGCUUGUACUGAAGUCGCUAAAACGGGUCCUUGA